GGUCAGGCGUCCUUUAUUCGCAAGGAAACAAACCCAAAAUGUUGUCGCGUAGUAUACAAAGCAUUUUGAAAAGACAACAAAACUUGACAAGAGCAAUUGCUGUUGCAAACUAUCACCAUUCAGCACAUUUAUUGAAUAAGAAGGCAGUUCAAUUUAAAGAAGUUGAGGAAUCUGGACCUUUCGAUAAGUUAACACAAGGUUUCAAUGUCAUAAAGUCAACCAUUUUAAACGCGCCACCACUCCAGAAAAUUACUAGUCCGGUAAUUGAGUCUAUUCCUUUCACAGGGAAAGCCGAUAAUUGGAACGACGCAGUAAAGGAAGCACAAAGUUUGGUCAGCUCUGCUGAUCAAGAAAGAAUUUUCGAUCCUGUCAAGUUGGUCGGUAAAGACUUGUGGGAGUUGAAGGGAAACAUCACAAAGUUAUUGGGUUCUGGCCAUCCAUUUAUAAAUACUAUCGGGAAACAUUAUCUUCAGGGCGAUACCAACCGUAUUCGACCUUUAUUAGUUCUUUUAAUGGCAAAAGCAACUUGCCAAGCAGAAAAAAAGACACCAAAUCAACUUUUAGUUGAUAGUGAUAAUGACCAGGAUGAGAUUAAACUGACAACAAUUGACAAUCCAAUUUUACCCACACAAAGACGGUUAGCAGAGAUUAGUGAAAUGAUUUAUACAGCAUCAUUACUUCAUUAUGACAUUAUUGAUAAUGGUACAGAGGUUGUGAAUCCUGGUUUUGGUAAUAAAAUGGCUGUUCUGGCUGGUGACUUUUUAUUAGCCCGUGCUUCUCUUGCAUUAGCUCAAUUGAAAAAGGCUGAAUGUAUUGAGUUAAUAGCUACCUGUAUUGCCGAUAUCGUUGAAGGCGAAUUCAUGCAACUUCAAAAUCCCCAUGAAAAAAAUCCCGACGAAAAGAAAGCAUUUAAUUAUUACAUUGAAAAGGCGUAUAUGAAAACAGGUAGCUUGAUCGCCCAAAGUUGUAAAGCUUCUGCUGUAUUAGCCGGUUGCUCCAGAGAGGUUUCGCAGUAUACAUAUGAUUAUGGUAAAAAUUUGGGUAUUGCAUUCCAAUUGUUUGAUGAUGUACGUACCUUUUCGAAUACAGCGGCAAACGUGGAUAAAAAGUCAGCUUCAUCUUGGAUUAAUGCACCUGUAUUAUUGGCAUGGGAAGAAUUUUCUGAAUUAGGGCCUAUAAUCGAGAGAGAAUUUUCUGAAGAAGGGGAUGUUGAACAGGCACGUCUUUUAGUCUAUAAAAGUAGUGGAUUAAAAAAGACACUUGCUUUAGCAAACGAGCAUAUAGAACUGGCUGUUUCGUCCAUAGAUAAAUUACCUACUUCAGAGGCCAAGUCAGCACUGAUUCAAUUGGCUAGAAACUUACCAACUAGAAAAGAAUAGACUUUUUUUAAGUGUGUAAAUAGAAUUAUAUUAAAUAAAUCACGUUCAUAAUAUUGAUGGCAACACCAAA